GGGGGGCCGAGGCCAGCGUCGGGCCUGCUCUUCCGGGAUGCGGCGGCUGCAAUCCGGGCAUGAGCGACGUGGUGGAGCGGACGCUGCUCAGCGCCUUGCCCGGCUGGCUGGGGCAGCAGCAGCACGAGGCGGCGGCGGCGGGGCUGGGCGGAGGCGGCGGCGGAGGAGGCCCCACUCGGCCCGGACGGAGCGCCUCCGCCUCCCGCCUGGGCGGCCUGAUCCGCAGCAUCACCGCGCUCGCUUCCAAGCAUGAAGAAGAAAAACUUAUCCACCAGGAAUUAAAUAAUUUAAAAGCCACUGUUUCCGCACCAACUACAAAUCUGAAAUUGAUGAAGGAAUGUAUGGUGAGGAUGAUCUAUUGCGAGAUGCUGGGCUACGAGGCCUCUUUUGGAUACAUCCAUGCCAUUAAGCUGGCACAGCAAGGGAAUCUUUUUGAGAAAAGAGUUGGUUAUUUGGCAAUUUCUUUAUUUCUGCAUGAAAAUCAUGAGUUGCUGGUUCUGCUGGUGAACACGGUGGUGAAGGAUUUACAGAGUACGAAUCUCAUGGAGGUCUGCAUGGCCCUCACAGCAGCCAGCCAGCUUUUCCCCCAAGAAAUGAUUCCUGCUGUCCUUCCACUCAUAGAAGACAAACUCCAGCAUUCAAAGGAAAUUAUUCGGAGAAAAGCCGUCCAGGCACUCUACAAGUUCUACUUAAUUGCUCCUAAUCAAGUCCAGCACAUUCACGACAAAUUCCGGAGGGCGCUUUGUGAUAGAGAUGUGGGUGUGAUGGCAGCUUCCUUGCACAUCUAUCUGCAGAUGGUGAAGGAAGAUUCCUCGGAAUAUAAGGAUUUGACAAGCAGCUUUGUAACAAUUCUGAAGCAGGUGGUCGGGGGGAAACUCCCCGUGGAUUAUAACUAUCACAACACUCCAGCGCCUUGGUUGCAAAUCCAGCUUUUAAGAAUAUUGCGGCUACUCGGAAAAGAUGACCCAAGGACCAGUGAAUUAAUGUACGACGUUUUAGAUGAAUCUUUACGGAGAGCAGAAAUCAAUCACAACAUUACUUACGCAAUCCUGUUUGAAUGCGUCCACACCAUUUACGCCAUUCACCCCAAACCUGAUCUGCUUGAGAAGGCCGCCAAAUGUAUUGGGAAAUUUGUCUUGUCCCCUAAAAUUAAUUUGAAAUAUUUGGGAUUAAAAGCUUUAACGUAUGUCAUCCAGCAAGAUCCCAACCUUGCUCUGCAACACCAAAUGACAAUAAUUGAGUGUCUGGAACAUCCUGAUCCCAUUAUUAAAAGAGAGACCUUGGAACUUCUGUAUCGAAUAACCAAUGAACAAAAUGUCACCGUCAUUGUACAGAAGAUGCUUGACUACAUAAAUCAGAGCAAAGAGGAAUAUACCAUCAUCAACAUUGCUGGGAAAAUAGCAGAAUUAGCUGAAAAAUAUGCGCCAAACAACGAAUGGUUCAUUCGGACUAUGAAUGCCGUGUUUUCGGUAGGAGGAGAUAAAAUGCAUCCUGACAUACUGAACGGUUUCUUGCGACUUCUUGCUGAAGGCUUUGAAGACGAGAAGGAAGACAUUCAGCUGCGGUUUCACGCCGUCCAAUCUUACCUGUCGUUAUUAGAGGACAAAAAUGCAAUUUAUCCGCAGAAAUUUAUUCAAGUGAUGAGUUGGGUAUUGGGGGAGUACAGUUACCUCCUGCAAAACGUGGACCCUGAAGUUGUUUUAGCAAGCUUGUAUCGGAUCCUUAAAAGCAACGCCACUUGUGAAACCAAGGUUUGGCUCAUGGCUGCAAUUUCUAAAACAGCUUCACGUACAACCGGUUCAAAGACGGUGGAGAAAUUUCUCUUGGAAUUCAGCGCAUCUUUGGAUACCAGCAUGAGGCAGCAGGCGUUUGAGUUAAAAUGCCUUUAUGAAAAUAAGGAAUUGAUGAAGAGAUUGUUUCCACUUGAUGCGAGCUGUAAGAACAUUGUGGUCGAUGCUUCCUUGUCUUUCUUAGACGGCUUUGUGGCCGAAGGACUGAACCGGGGUGCAUUGCCAUACAAACCUCAUCACCAAAGACAGGAAGAGAAAUUGUCCCAGGAAAAAGCUUUGAAUUUUGAACCCUACGGAGAAUCCCUUUCUCAGAGCUUCCCUGUAUCAAGAAUGGCCGGCAGACAGUCUCCAACCGGAAUUUCUCUGGGCUCGGAUAAUAGUGUUGAGACAGGACAGAAAGAGAACAACAGUCUGAAGCUUGAAGGCGUGAAGAAAUUGUGGAGCAAAGAAGGUUACCUUCCCCAGAAGAAAAACCAAGAAGAAAAAGAAGAGAAAACCACAGAGGCUGCUCUUCAGGGCGGCCCAUCAGUAGAGACGGUGGCUAGCACUUUCCCAUUGCAGCCUAAGGAAGAAAUGAUGGAUCACGCAGAAGGGACGAAAGAAAAGCAGCAGCUGGCUUCCGCACUCUUUGUCGGGCUAGGAUCACAAAAUAGCACUAAUCUGAUGGGGAAAGCAGAUCCCGCAGCUCAGAAGUUUACACGGAAAUCGAAAAUGAACGAAGUCCUCCCUAAUGAGAGUUCCCCGCCUAUGGAAAGCACCCCUACUACCACUUCCCUAUUUCAGGAAGGGUUAACCGGAGAGAAGGACCUUUUUGUAAACAACGGACACCUCAAGUUCAGGAAAGCUUCCCUACAUUCUCCUGAAAUGCCUGAAUCCAAGACGAUGCUCGAUCGUUCCCAUUCGUUGCCGGAAGGUGGGUUGAAUGAAAAGUCCUUGGAUCAUCAAUUUUCACCAUCUUCUUUAUUCACCCAUGAUCACGUGGAUAUUUUUCAUCCUUCCCCAAGUUCUCCCACUCUAGUUCAGAAGCAACGUUCGCCCACGCCUUGUCUCCCAGAAGAAGCAGCCCAACAUCUUCAUUCGGACAUUUCAGAACUCUGCGGCAACGAAUCCCUGCUUGUAUACUUUUCUAAGGUCUGGGAAGAGGACAAUCUUCUGAUUUUUUUAUUUCUCGCCAAUAAAAGCCCUUCCGUUCUGAAAGAUGUGAGCCUGGAAUUCCAACACUCUGAACAUUUUAAGAUGGUAGAAAAUCUUGGCUGCCAACUUGCUGUGAUAGAAAGUAAAAAUAUAGAAAGCUUCCAGAUGUAUGUAGAGAUGGAGAAGCCCUGCUCUUCAGGAAAAAUAUUCGGUUGCAUCAGUUAUCCGCUAGAAUUGGACGUCUGUCUCAGAUUUUCUAUCUCUUUAGAGCUGUUGGAUUUUAUUAGACCAAUGAAGAUGAGCACGGAUGAAUACGGAAAACUGUGGCUCUCCAUUUCAAACGAAGUCAGACAAAAUCUGAAGGUGGCAUCAUCUCAAGGAACUCUGUCCUUGAUGCUAGACAUCUUUCAGCAAAAGCUGAAGCUACAUAUUGUUGAUAUCAUAGGAAAUGAAGGAAUAGCCGCUUGUCGACUGCUUCCGUCAAUCCCGUGUCUUCUCCACUGCCGGCUCCAUGCUGGGACAUUGGCCUUGUGGUUCAGAUCGCCUUGCUCUGCUCUACCAGACUGUUUACUUUAUCAAUGUCAGAAGGUGAUGGAAGAAUCCUGAAAAACCACACAGACUCCUUUUUUGGACUGGUAUGAACAAAGGGUGUGGUUCUGAGUAGGAGUUUACCAAACCCAACUUCUGUUCUCCAUGGAGCAAAGAUGUAUCUUGGCAUCAGUGUGGCUCUCCUUCCAGUGGGAGGGGGAAAAACCCAUCAAGGAUGCUUGCCUGACAUUGACAAGGCAGUAAGGUACGGGUAGCUGAAUUGAGGCAUGUUAUGCAAGGCUCAUAUUUUCUAUUAAUGUAUUUGUAUAACUCAUGGGAUUUAUUCGUAGGAUCAGUUACUUGAAUUACUCAGUCAUUACGCUCCCUAGUGCAGAGAACUGCCUUCUGCUUAUUUUGCUGAAGUUUUUGAGGUGGUUUCUCAAGCACUUAUACAAACAACCUGCGGAUCACGAAGAUGCAGGGAUAAUCUUCAGUUUGUAAGUUUAUCCAUGAUGGCCCCAUCAAUGCAUCAUAUCUGGGUCAUGGCACCGUGGAAAAGUUUUUGACUUGGCACCGGUCACCGUUGAUUGUAGUUCAACAAUCAGAGUCAUCAGAAUUGGGGAGUCAGUAUUCAAUGUUUUUAUGGUAUGGAUAUAUAGUAGGAUGAUGCGUUUUUGUGGGUGUGAUCAAGGAAGUACCUUUUUGUCAACAUAGCUCAAGAUGGGCCGUGUGAUUCUAGGUAUCGCAAUACAGUUUCUACAGUUUUCGCAUCAACUUCCAGAUCUUCUGGCUUGGUGAGCUGUUCUUCCUCAUCUUCCCGCUAUCUAUGGCCAUGUGAAAAUGUAUAAAUAUACUUACUUUUAUAUUUAAAAAAAAGGACCUUGGAAGGACCCCAUGAUUUUUUUUUUAAAUAAAUAACUCAAGGUGGCAAACAUAUUUAAUACUCCUUCCUCCUUCUGUUUUCUCCUCAUGAAUAACCUUGUGAGGUGGGUUUGGCUGAGAGAGAGAGAGAGAGAGAGAGAGAGCGACUGAUCAGUAAUAUAAAAUUAUGAUUAAUUUAUAUGCCAUCAUUUUGUGGCCUUUUAAUUACACUUUGCUAGCGGGGGAAUUCUGGGAGUUGAAGUCCGUACAUCUUCCAAGUUGCAAAAGUUGAGGAACACUAGGUAUAUAGUUUAUUUUUUUUCUUAGCUGAUGCCGUUAACUUCUUUUGCUUACCAUUUCUUAGUCCUGGUAAGGUAGCUUGUUCUGAAAAACAUACAAUUAUGGAUAUGGAUAUGUAGGUGUAGUUAAUGGAUCGAAGAAGACCGUGUUGCUAAGUAGUUUGCAAGGCGCCGGGAGAGAAAAUAGAGAAUAUCCUUUAUGAACUGCACGCAAUUCUGACUGCAGCACAUCCACUCUUUCAAUCUUCUCACUUUAAGAAAGUAGAAUGCGAUUAACUAACAAAGGGAUUGAAUUUUGGUAGGGUUUUUUUUUUUCUCCUGAUUUUUCAGUGUUGUCAUAAAGGAAUUCUUUAAAAUGCACUAAAGAAAUGUAUUAAAUCGGAGGUCUCCAACCUUGGUGAAUUUAAGAAUUCUCCAGCCAGCAUGGGCGGGGAAUUCCGGGUGUUGAAGUCCACAAAUCUUAAAAUGGCCGAAGUUGGAGACCCCUGUUUUAAAUUAUCUACAGAGACUGUUGUAUGAUCAUGUUUACUAUAUAUGCCUUAUGGAUUAAAAACAGGAAUUUAGGGGUUGGAAGAAUGAAUACAUUCGAAAUACUGUUUCUCUAUGACUGUUAAUGGUAUAUUAUAGGAUUUAUCCUAUAACAGUUUAGGAAAGCUAUAAUUUCAAGUCUAUGCAGUUUUUAACCAUUGUCAUCAAAUGAGGUUUUAAGCUUCUGGCCUUCCACGUCUUGUUCAACUACACAUCCCAGAAUUCUCCACUAUAACUUGUGGAGUUAUAGUUGAGGCAUAUUUGAAGGCUGAGAACCUUCCUACCCAUUUCCCGAUACAAAGAUUUAUCCAUCUGUACACUGCAGAGCCUGUUGUCUGUUUUCCCCCCCAAAUGUUUACUGUCCUUCUCUGCCAAAUAUGUGGAUCUUAACUGAACAAAUCUUGGUGAGAUUGACUGGGUUUUUCUUAAUUGUACUCUCUCUACUUCCUUUUUAUUUUCAAACUGUCUGCAGAAGUGGUUUCUUACUGUUCUUUUUGCCACCUAACUUAAAAUAAUUGCAAUGUAAUAAAUUAUUCUGCUGCACCAAA